CCCCCCCCCCCGGUGCAGCCGGGGAGACUCAGAGGCCUUAGUGCUUCUUUGUGUUUUGGAAGGGGAGCCUGGGGUACGCGAAAUCUGGCUAUUUCUGUUUGUUGUAUACACAUUUCCGUCCUUGGCCUUGCAUGGCCUUUUAUUUUAAAAAGUGUAAACCCACAGUCCCAAACCAGCUGGGACCCUGAGGCCGUCAACCCCUCCAGUCUCCUCUGUGACCCGCAGUCUGCGUCCUGUUCCCAGUUUCAUUCCUCAAGUGCAUAUAUUUUUAAUAUCUUUUAGUUACCCUGCUGUAUACUGUCAUCUUAGGGACCUUUUAAACAAUACCAGUAUGAGCAGGACCUACCCUGCUGCUCAGUGACCCCAGGCAGUGUGUCCUAAGGUGGUGUGUCCUCAGGCGUGCCACACUCCUCUGUCCUGUCCCGGGCACUAUGGUGGGGGCAUCCGGCGUCCAGGUGCAGAGGCAAAAGCUGCUCCCGGGUUUCCCAGAAAUGGUUCCCAGGCCUUGGCCCCAGAGAGCCAGUGCAGGUUGGGGGGUGGACCUCUGGCUCUGUGGGGGGGGGGUCUGUUCUGCUCCAGUGGGCCGCAUCUGCCUUGUCAUCAUCCAGACAGCCACAGCUGGCUCCUGGGUCCCCUCAUCAAGCAGCAUUUCCCAGUAACAAUGACUUCGUGGAACACUUAGGAAGCCCUUAAAAACCAUCCUUGGAUCUCUGAGGUGAGGCGGAACCAACCCUCCUGGCCAUGGGAGGGGCCGUGGUGGACGAGGGCCCCACAGGCGUCAAGGCCCCCGAUGGCGGCUGGGGCUGGGCCGUGCUCUUCGGCUGCUUCAUCAUCACCGGCUUCUCCUAUGCCUUCCCCAAGGCCGUCAGUGUCUUCUUCAAGGAGCUCAUGCAGGAGUUUGGGAUCGGCUACAGCGACACAGCCUGGAUCUCCUCCAUCCUGCUGGCCAUGCUCUACGGGACAGGUCCGCUCUGCAGCGUGUGCGUGAACCGCUUUGGCUGCCGGCCCGUCAUGCUUGUGGGGGGCCUCUUUGCGUCGCUGGGCAUGGUGGCUGCGUCCUUUUGCCGGAGCAUCAUCCAGGUCUACCUCACCACUGGGGUCAUCACUGGUGAGUGGGGCCGGCCGGUGGGCUGCAGAUGCCAGAAGGGUCAGGGGCCGUGCACUUCUGCUCCUGGGUCCGGGCCUCUGGAGGACAGCAGGAUGGGUGGCUGCGGGGUGUCCCGGCCCCACCUCGUUGUCCCCCUCUCGAGUGGGUGGGUGGCAGGGGCUCUGCACACUGGGAGCCCGAGCCUGUGGGAACCUGGGGGGCAGAGACGAGGGUCUCGGGCUUUGGGGGCAGCCUUGGGGGGCUCUCACCACGUUCCCUUUCCUCCAGGGUUGGGUUUGGCGCUCAACUUCCAGCCCUCGCUCAUCAUGCUGAACCGCUACUUCAGCAAGCGGCGCCCCAUGGCCAACGGGCUGGCGGCAGCAGGUAGCCCCGUCUUCCUGUGUGCCCUGAGCCCGCUGGGGCAGCUGCUGCAGGACCUCUACGGCUGGCGGGGCGGCUUCCUCAUUCUAGGCGGCCUGCUGCUCAACUGCUGCGUGUGUGCCGCACUCAUGAGGCCCCUGGUGGCCGUGGCCCAGCCGGGCUCGGGGCUGCCGCGAUCCUCCCGGCGCCUGCUAGACCUGAGUGUCUUCCGGGACCGCGGCUUCGUGCUGUACGCCGUGGCCGCCUCGGUGAUGGUGCUGGGGCUCUUCGUCCCGCCCGUGUUCGUGGUGAGCUACGCCAAGGACCUGGGCGUGCCCGACACCAAGGCCGCCUUCCUGCUCACCGUCCUGGGCUUCAUUGACAUCUUUGCGCGGCCGGCCGCGGGCUUCGUGGCGGGGCUUGGGAAGGUGCGGCCCUACUCCGUCUACCUCUUCAGCUUCUCCAUGUUCUUCAACGGCCUCGCAGACCUGGGGGGCUCUACAGCGGGCGACUACGGCGGCCUCGUGGUCUUCUGCAUCUUCUUCGGCAUCUCCUACGGCAUGGUGGGGGCCCUGCAGUUCGAGGUGCUUAUGGCUAUUGUGGGCACCCACAAGUUCUCCAGUGCCAUCGGUCUGGUGCUGCUGAUGGAGGCGAUGGCCGUGCUCAUCGGGCCCCCGUCGGGAGGCAAGCUCCUGGAUGCGACCCACGUCUACAAGUACGUGUUCAUCCUGGCGGGGGCCGAGGUGCUCACCUCCUCCCUGAUUUUGCUGCUGGGCAACUUCUUCUGCAUUAGGAAGAAGCCCAAAGAGCCACAGCCCGAGGUGGCGGCCUCGGAGGAGGAGAAGCUCCACAAGCCUCCUGCAGACUCGGGGGUGGACUUGCGGGAGGUGGAGCAUUUCCUGAAGGCUGAGCCUGAGAAAAACGGGGAGUUGGUUCACACCCCGGAAACGAGUGUCUGAGUGGCUGGGCGGGGCCAGCAGGCACAGGGAGGAGUUACAGAAGCCGGCAACGCUUGCUAUUUAUUUUACAAACUGGAGUGGCUCAGGCAUGGCCACGGCUGGGCUCCAGCUGCCGGCCCAGCGGAUCGUCGCCCGAUCAGUGUUUUGGGGGGG